AAACAAAACGCACCUUUUUCACGAGUUCAUUUUCGGACAACUGGGCGUCUAACCUUUGCCUAGCUUCUACAACAUUGCUGAGGUCUACCUGAACCUUCUGAAAAUCAACUGAAGCAGCUUGGAGUUUUUCGCGUAGUGACUGUAAAGAGGACAUCAUGAUAGGCGGCAACCGGCCGCCACGGCCCGCCGCAUUAUUGGCUUCUGGCUUCCAUAUCACACGAAUUUCAAGUACAAAAAUGCGGACCUCCGAUACCAUGAAGAGUAUAAAAGCAUAUGUAUGCUGAUGAUAAUAGGGCUUUCACACCAUACUUGCUUCCCAGAUGUCUUCUCCUGUAGCAAUCGACUGGUCCAAAAUUGAUUCUCCAAAGCUAGUUCUACAAAGAUUUCCCUCGCGCCGGUCAGUGGUUUAUGGUACUAAAGGUGUCGUCUCCUCGUCACAAUCAUUGGCGACUGAGGCUGGACUGGAAAUCCUCCGAAAAGGCGGCAACGCAGCUGAUGCCGCGGUUGCUACCUCUGCUGCCUUGAAUGUGACUGAGCCUAGUUGUUGUGGCAUUGGAGGAGACGCAUUUUGUUUGUUCUUUGAUGCGAAAACUAAGCAAGUCAAAGCGUUGAAUGGAUCAGGACAUUCACCUGUGAAAUUGACGCUGGAAUAUGCUCGAUCGCGCGGCCUCGCAGGCCGUUCUAUUCCCACCAGCGAUUUGAACGCUGUCACUGUACCAGGGGCGGCUGCUGCCUGGGUCGAUACAGUCAAACACUUUGGAAGUGGAUCUCUAUCCGUCGCCGAUGUCUUAGCUCCCGCCAUCAGACUGGCUGAGGAAGGGGUUCCAGUUUCUGAAAUUCAUAGCUUUUCAUGGCAACGUUCCGAAGAACUUAUCAAGAACGCCUCGCCAAAUGGUGAUGAAAUGCUGCUGAACGGUAAAGCCCCCCUUCCUGGUCAAAUCGUAAAACUUCCAAAUCUGGCACGAACUUUUCGCGAAGUCGCCGAAAAUGGAAAGGAUGGCUUUUACAAAGGGCGUGUUGCAGAAGCGAUCGUCGACCUCAUUCAAAGUAAGGGCGGCGUUAUGGAGCUGGAAGAUCUAGCAAAACACGAAACAUCCAUCGUUGAACCAAUACACUACACUUAUGCUAGUGAGCUGAAGAUCUAUGAGUGCCCUCCAAAUGGACAAGGAAUUACCGCGCUCAUUGCUCUUGGGAUUCUUGAAAGUUUACAAGAACAAAGAAUUGUCAGACCGUUAUUGGAUAUGGAACAUAAUUCUGCAGAGUAUCUCCACGCCCUUGUCGAAGCCAUGAGAUUAGCUUUCUCUGAUAGUCAAUACUAUGUGACAGACCCAGACGUUGUACAUGUUCCAGUGGAGGAGCUCCUAAACAGGGAAUAUUUAGCGAAUAGGGCCAAGCUUAUUGACCCGCUCAGGACAAAUCCCCACGUCGUGCAUGGAAACCCUGUUAACUCUUCCGACACGGUUUACUUUUCUGUAACGGAUCAAUGGGGCAAUGCUUGUAGUUAUAUACAGAGCAAUUACGCUGGAUUUGGGACUGGAGCUGUACCCAAAGGUUGUGGAUUCACCCUACAAAACCGAGGGAGCGGUUUCGUUCUACAAGAAGGUCAUCCUAACAUGUUGAAGGGUGGAAAACGACCUUAUCAUACCAUCAUACCCUGUAUGGUGACGAAGAACGAUGAAUUAUUUCUCAGUUACGGUGUAAUGGGCGGCUUUAUGCAGCCACAAGGGCAUGUUCAAGUUUUAUUGAACAUAUUACGCGGAUUUACACCCCAAGCUGCUCUUGACGCUCCUCGUUUCUGUAUAUCUGCGGGCAGUCCUGAAACACAGAGUAGUUCCACGGGUACACCUGGGGACGUAAACAGCGAAGUGUACUUUGAAGAAGGAAUUUCGGAAGAAACAAUCGCCAAAUUACGGGAAAUGGGUCAUGAUGCUCGUGUAGCCACAGGUUUUAGUCGGAGUAUGAUGGGCCGAGGUCAAGUCAUACAGAAGAUAGACGAUGCGUCUGGCGCUACAGUUUGGGCGGCUGGAUCUGACCCUCGCGCUGACGGGCACGCUGCAGCUCAAAUUUAAGGACGAAUUCCAGUGACCCAGACAUCACUAAUUUAACAAUAUGUAUACUUACCGGUUACACUCUGCUGAUUAUGGGGAAAUUAGGAAACGUCCA